AAUAUGAAGCCAAAGGAGUCUCAUCACAGAGCUACUCAUAAAAGAGAACGAGACCAACUGUGGGGCCGGAGAGACAGACAAAGCAAGCCAGGUUGGAAACAAUGAGAAACUAGGCCCACCCCCACCUCAGGAAGGUUCCAGGGAAGAACCUCCCACCCCCACCUCAGGAAGGUUCCAGGGAAGAACCCCACUCCCACUCCAACCAGGUCACAAGGGCUGGAGCUCUGAAGGGCCCAGGCCCCCUGAGCCAGGAGUCGAGGAGGAAGUCCAAGGAUAGAUGCAUACCCAGAGAAACGCGAUGCUCCAGGACCACUCACCCCGUUUCGUGCUUUAGAGAGACCCAAGGCCCACACUGUACCACUUCAUCCAGUUACAGGCCCCUUCUAGCUGCUGGGAGCCCUCCUCAGCAAGGCAGCCUGGCCCGCUACUGUCCUGCGAGGUCUCUGACCCCAGCCUGGGUUCCGCCCUGCCCGGGUCCCCCUAAUGCCCGAGCUCCUUUCUCCCUCACAGGCUGGCAGUCACCCCUACUUCAACCUGCCCGACUUCACCCAGCCAUCACCGCCCUCCACUCCGCCCAGCCUCCCCUCGCACCAGCGCUGCCGGCCCUCCGACGCCACCAAGGGCCUGCUUGUGGCCCUGCUGGGUGGGGGCCUGCCCGCUGGCUUCGUGGGCCCCUUCUCCCGUAUGGCUUACCAGGCUUCUCACUUACCCUCGCUGGAGCUGCUCAUCUGUCGCUGUCUCUUCCACCUCCCCAUUGCCCUGAUACUUAAACUGCGUGGUGACCCACUGUUGGGGCCUCCUGAUGUCCGGGGCCGGGCCUGCCUCCACGCCCUGCUCAACGUCCUCAGCAUUGGAUGCGCCUACAGCGCCGUUCAGGUGGUGCCUGCUGGCAACGCGGCCACGGUCCGCAAAGGUUCUUCCACCGUCUGCUCUGCCCUCCUCGCCCUUUGCCUCGAGAGCCAGGGCCUCAGCGGCUACGACUGGUGUGGCCUGUUGGGCAGCACCCUGGGACUCAUCAUCAUUGUGGGACCUGGACUAGGGACACUGCAGGAGGGGACCACGGGCCUCUACACCGCCCUGGGCUACGUACUAGCGUUCCUGGGCGGCCUGGCACUGUCGCUGGGGCUUCUGGUGUAUCGCUCCCUGGACUUCCCCUCUUGCCUACCCACAGUGGCCUUCCUGUUUGGCCUGGUGGGGCUGGUGGGGUCUGUGCCGGGCCUCUUUGUCCUGCAGACGCCUGUGCUGCCCAAUGAUCCUCUGAGUUGGAGCUGCGUGGGGGCAGUGGGGAUCCUGGCCCUGGUCUCCUUUGUGUGUGUGAGCUAUGCAGUCACUAAGGCCCACCCCGCCCUGGUGUGCGCCGUCCUGCACUCUGAGGUCGUGGUGGCCCUCAUGUUGCAGUAUUAUGUACUCUAUGAGACCGUGGCACCUUCUGACAUCAUGGGGGCAGGGGUGGUGUUGGGCAGCAUCGCCAUCAUCACCGCCCAGAACCUCAGCUGUGAGAGGGAAGGGCAGGUGGAGGAAUGAGAUCAGACUUGAGAGCCUGGGGGUUGGGGGGGUGGGCAGGGGGAAAUAGGAGGAGGAGAGACUGUAAUACAAACACUAGGAGAGCAAGUGACUGGAAAGAACUGGUGCAGAAGAGGGACACCCCUUGUAGGUGAGGGUGACCCCGAGACUUGGCAGAGAGGGGCUGCCUAGAUAGAAGACCUGGAACAAGUGUGAGAACCCGGAGAUGUACAGUCUAGGCUGGGGCUGGGGGAUCAUAAGUAAGGGCUGAGAUCCGAGCAGCAAACCUGGCCUCAUGCCAUGCGGGGCCCCGGAGGGGAGGCUUUUACCCUAGAGAGAAAAGCAUGGGGGAUGGAGUGUUGGGGGCUUUCAGGCAAGCGGACAGAGCACACAGCGAGCAGCUGGGGCGAGGGAGUGUGCCUUUUCUUCCCGGACAGUUUCCUUCCCUCACGGUUAUGCUCCCCCCACCCCCACCCCGGGUGGUGACGUGACAUUGACAUCAAACAAGGAUCACUCUGAAUGUG